AUGUCUCAAGCACACGGAGGGCACUGGGAUCCCAACUCCAUUGGAAACUAUAAUCAACCACAGGCUCCUGCACAGCACCAAGCCCACGGUGGUGCAUACACUCCUGGAAGCUCUGUUGUUUCCUAUCCGAACCAACCAUAUACCCAUCCCUAUCAACAAGCUGUAUCUCCUUCUGCAAGCCCACUCUCGGCUGAAUCAACCAACUACAUAGCUUCACCUGGCUCCCUAGGAUACCAACAGUCCAUCCCCGUGGGACAUCCUCAGACUCAAAACACCAUGCAGUAUCAACAGCAGUCCAUGGGCUACAAUGGCCAGCAUGGUGUCGUUUAUCAACAGGGAACUGGCAGUGGUCAGCAGGACGGGCCAAUGCAGAACAAAGGUGCCAUUGACCCCGUAACUACCACGCCUCUCGCGACCACGAGCAGCUCAAAUGAAAAAGAAAGAGAGGAGAAAGAGUUCCCUAUAAAACUCAAAGGAAGCAAGCACUUCUUUGAGCCACGCUCCAUCUACAGAUGGCGCAACCCUGUGCUGUACCAGAAGCCUGGUUAUAACUUCAUUGACGGUGAGGUCAAGAUGAGACACCGAGAUUACGCUGGUCGUGUCUCGUUCAAGCCUCGUUCUGAUCGGUACUUGCAUCACAAUGAUGGUUACCUUCGUAACAUGUACGUUGCGUGCGUGGAUGAUAUCUACGAAGGAUCUGGCACUUCCACUUGGAAGAGGACCUAUGUUCGCAAGGUUGCACCUUUGAAGGUGCGCAUCGCGACAUGGAUCAUUGACUUCAGCUACGACCCUAAGAGCUGGGAAGACUGGGGUAUCAUGCUGCUCAGGACCUUUCCUGCGGCCAUUGGCAUGGCUCUUUGUUUCUGGGAUGGCAAACCCACCGUUAUUCUCAGAAACCUUGCCUAUGCCCCUGUUCUCUACCAAUACCACGGCGAUGCCAAGGUCUGGAGCAACUUGCUCGAGAACCGCAAGGGUCUAUCCCUCAUGGCCCGCAACAACCAAGUCUAUCGCAUGCUACGGCCCCGAUAUCUCUGCUUCCUGCGUGAGGCGUUCAACGAUGAGAACAGAGGAGUCGAUGUCCGUAGCGUCGUCGAGUGGGAGAACAGCGAUGGUCAGGAUAGCACCCUUUCCUAUCUGUUCGUCGCCUACUCCACUGAGCACUUCAGCCAUGACUCUGAGCGGGAUAUGGUUGAUCUUCAUCACAUUGCUGAGACUGCUUGUCGGGCUGCUAAGUUACCUGCGUACUGGAUCGCUUGCAGCUGUAUGCGGGAUGAGAAUGAACUUGAGUCUGAUGUAUAUCGCAUCUCAGAUGUUCUUCGCGGGGCUGAUAGAAUGGCCAUUGCUGUUGGUAGAGGUAAAGCAUCCAGGGCUGGAUCUUCAGGCAAAGCCAACACGGAAUCUCUCCUCCGUGAAUGGGGAAGUCGAAUGUGGACAUUCCCUGAGGUUCUUCUCAGCCCUGGCCGAAACAUCUCGGUAUAUACCCGUGACGGCAACCUCCAAUCACCCAUGGUCGUCUCCAAGAACCAGUUUGCAGCUCAGGUCUGGACUUACAUGGACUCGGAUGUGGCCCGUCAUCUCAUCGAUCACUAUCUGGGCUCCAUCAACCUGAGCCGCCUGGAGCAAGCUGUGCUAGCACUGAAGUGCCUGUAUAGUCGCCAUACUACGGAGUACCUCCCUGGUGACCAAGCCUACGCCCUUAUGGGUCUAUUGAGGCUUCGCCCGCAGGUAGAUCGAACUGACACGGCCUUCCAGGCUUUCUCGAGACUGUCACUGGCAAACGACUCUGACAGACUUCUUGAGAGGUACAUCUGCACACUUCCCUUAGAUAAAGACCAGGCAUGGUACAAUAUGGAGGAUGCUUACGAGUCCUCUCUCUGGGAUAUAACACCAUAUUGUCAAGUUGCAGGUAUUGCUGAGAAUGAUACCAUCAUCAUUGACGGGGCAUGGGGUAUCUCUAUCCGCUGGAAGUCCUUCUAUCCAGUAUACUGGUCUACAGGACCAUCGUGGAAGAGAUACCUCGCUGCUAUUGCAAUCGAAUGGAGCGGAGCCUUCUUCAUCAUAGCAAUUGCACUCAUUGCCGCCGGUGCUGCUGCCAAUAGCGCUUCCUCUUCCUCUUCCUCUUCGUCCACCGGCCCAUAUAGCUUCACAACCACCACCACCACCGGCUCUUCUGGCACAGCCAUGAUCAUUCCUGGCGUUCUCUUCCUGAUUCUGUUCCUGUAUAUCUGGGUGAUAGCGCCUAACUUGGUUCGCGUCAUCUACGGUGGUAAGUUCGCCGAUACCCAGGCCGAGAUGUUUGGCUUUGAAGGCCACCUCAACGCUCCCACCACCGAGAGAGCCAUCUUCGGAGGUAAUUUUGGUCGUUUCUCCUGGUCCACGAACGGUAGCCCUCUUAGCCGAAGUGUGUUUAAUGAAUUUGGUGAGCGGGUGGGAGUUGAUCCUUGCAAGGAUCCCGAGGUGAGGAUGAAGGUCGAGGCAGCCAAGCAGGCCCGUCCAGGGGACAUGAGGAUCUUCACUCUUGUCGAUACCUACAACAUGACGUUGACAUUGUUCGAGGCCGUCAGACCACCCGUCACUCUCAUGUUCUGUGCCUCCGAGGGAGGUAUGCAGCGAGCCAUUGGAUGCUCGUAUGAGUGGGAGACUCAGACUAUGUACCGCGAGACGGUUCUCAGAAUGCCCACGACUGCUCUGAACCGCAUGGAUCGUGUUCCCCGGUUCCGCAUGGGUAUUCAGCGACCUGUGUAUCCUUCUGCUCCGUUCAAUGGGGCUGUUUAA